AUGAUCCUUUUCAGCAGCUCCCCGGAGGAAGAAUCGUCUCUUUUACCGCCGAAGGAGACAUCGAACACUUACAUGGACUCCGAGAUUUCGUCAAACAGUUCGGUGUCGAAUCCAAGAAACUCUGGUUCCUCGCCGGACCAGCAAUCUUCACAUCCUUAUGUCAAUACUCUCUAGGCGCCAUUACACAAGUAUUCGCCGGUCAAGUCGGCACUCUCGACCUCGCCGCCGUCUCUAUCGAGAACUCUGUCAUCGCUGGUUUCUCCUUUGGUGUCAUGUUAGGGAUGGGGAGUGCCUUGGAAACGCUAUGCGGGCAAGCAUUCGGAGCUGGGCAGCUUGAUAUGUUGGGGAUUUAUAUGCAGAGAUCUUGGGUGAUCUUGAAUUCAACGGCCCUCAUCCUGACCUUUCUGUACAUUUUUGCGGAGCGAUUCUUGAAGCUGAUAGGGCAAUCGACUGAGAUCUCGAAGGCGGCUGGGGUAUUUGCGAUAUGGAUGAUUCCACAGCUCUUCGCCUAUGCCAUGAACUUCCCCAUCGCCAAGUUCUUGCAGUCUCAGAGCAAGAUGAUGGUGAUGGCAUUGAUAUCGGGGGUGUCUCUGUUACUCCACACCUUCUUUAGCUGGCUCCUGAUGCUGAAGCUUGGUUGGGGAUUAGUCGGUGCAGCCAUCGUUCUCAACGCCUCCUGGUGGUUCAUAGUGGUGGCUCAGUUGAUCUAUAUCUUCAGUGGGACAUGUGGUCGAGCUUGGACUGGCUUCUCAUGGAAGGCUUUUCAGAAUCUUUGGGGAUUUGUCAGGCUUUCUCUGGCAUCCGCUGUCAUGCUCUGCCUAGAGGUAUGGUACUAUAUGGCUUUGAUCCUCUUCGCUGGAUAUCUGAAGAACCCACAAAUUGCCGUGGAUAGCCUAUCGAUAUGUAUGAACAUUUUGGGUUGGGCAGUCAUGCUGGCUAUUGGAUUCAAUGCGGCCAUAAGUGUUAGGGUUUCCAAUGAAUUGGGAGCAGGGCAUCCAAGAACAGCUAAGUUUGCAGUUGCAGUGGUGGUUGUUACUUCAUUCCUCAUGGGCCUUGUCCUCUCACUCAUCCUGAUCAUCACCAGAAAUGAAUUCCCAAUUGCAUUUUCAAGCAGUACGGAUGUCAGAGAUCUCGUAACUGAGCUUACCCCAUGGCUCGCAACAUCCAUUGUCAUCAACAAUAUCCAACCUGUUCUCUCUGGGGUGGCGAUUGGAGCAGGGUGGCAAGCUUUUGUAGCUUAUGUGAACAUUGGGUGCUAUUAUGUAUUUGGGAUCCCAUUGGGUCUCAUAUUGGGCUACAAGAUCAACUUGGGUGUCACAGGAAUUUGGUGUGGAAUGCUCUGUGGAACCAUUCUACAAACAUGCGUGCUCUUCUGGAUGAUUUACAGAACCAAUUGGAAUAAAGAGGCAUCAAUUGCUGAGGAUAGGAUACGACAGUGGGGAGGAGAGAUCCAUGAGAAAUCCAAAGACAUAGAGAAGUAAACUCAGAC